AUGUCUUUCUGCGGAACCUCGAUGCCUUCAGGCCUCAGUCCAUCACAAAGACUACAAGUAAUGGGCACCUAUAUGUACUCGCAAUGCUCGACAACAGCUCUUACACUGGCAAGGUCGCUGCUUGGCCAAAAGAGAAAAUGCGAUAGUCCUGAAGCCAACCACGACAUCGAAGAAUUAGCAACCGGACCCGAGGCACCUGCAUCUUUUAGAAAUCUCCGAAAGCGCGCGCGAGUCUCUUACGUGGAGCCCACCGAGUUCGACAUCGAGAGCGACGCAGACUCGGGCUACAACUCGGACUCGUCUGUCGAAUGGGGCUCCCGUGCGAAGCAAACCAAGCGCCCACGCAAGGAAAAGCCUGUGAAGCCAUUCCCCUUCUUGUCUUUGCCCACCGAGCUGCGCAACAAGAUUUAUCUGCUGGCUCUGGAGGAUCCUGAUGGUAUGGUGCUGAAGGAAGGCUGGCGUGCCUACCGUCGUGUGCCUCAGCGUGGCCAAUAUCAUGGUUACAACAACAAAGACAGAUAUGCUGGUUUAGCAAAUCUCGUCGCCACUCGUUCUCUCGAUCCUCAGGGCAAUGACACACCGAACUCAACCGUGUGUACUCUGCUGCCCUCCCUGCUCGCUGUGAGCAAGCAGAUCUACGCCGAAGCUGCAGCCAUCCUUUAUGCGCAACCUUUACACUUCGAAAAUACAACAGCUUUGCACAGCUUCCUAGCGCCAUUGAGCAGCCAGACCGCAUUCCUCAUCCGCAGCAUAACCAUUCAUACAUACGAGACCUGGGGACGCGGAAUACGCAAGGCAAUGAACGUUUCGGCAUUGACUCUUCUCCGCAGCUGCAGCAAUCUCCAAACGUUGCGCAUUGAAGCCUUCGAUCACUACGAUCACUGGGGACGGUACGGCGCCAGACCAUCGCCUCAAGAAGCUGGCAAGCGCGAAGGCUCUCGGAUAGCACAGCAAAUCUACCGUGACGCUGCAUUCUGGUUGGACACCAUCAAUGCAGACAAGGCACUACAGAUCUUGGAUCUCAAAGGGCUGCAGCGAGAGAUCUACUCCCACCCUCAGCACCCUGAGGAGUAUGAGAGGGGCGUGGAAACACUCAAGCUGGCCAACGUCGCUUAUGCGGACGAGUUGACGCUUUUGAUCAAGCGAACAGGCAAGGCUAAGAAGAGCAGCAGGAAGUUCAAGGCAGCCCGUUCUAGUAGUUAG